AUGAACCAUCUGCAAGGGGUGAAAGAGUAUCUUGCUAAAAAUAGUGCAGAGAAGGAGCAUAAAAUGGAACGGAUGAAAGAAUUAUACAAAAAGGAUAGAGAUGCUUUUGAAAAAGUACAUGAGUUUAAUUUACAAAAAUUCGAUCAGCUACAGAAGAAAUAUGAAAACGUUUUACGUCACCUAUGGGAAAAGUGUCAUAAAUGUAGAAGUUGUGGAACCAAUAUCCCAUAUACCAAUGUUAAUGAAUUCUCUAAACCAGAGGAAAUUUCACUCAAAAUGUUAAAAUUACGCCAAGAUAAUAAAUUUUCAACGGAUGGAAUAUCAAUCACUAAUGAACCAAAAAUAACCGUAUUAAAUACAACAUUUACAAUGAUAGAAAAUGAACUGUAUAGAUAUAAAAUAAUGAAUGAUCUAUUAGAAGAUAAAAUAACAGAAUAUGAACCCGAAUAUUCAAGAUCCACAGAUACAGUGAAAGUGGAAUCGGAUUAUUCAAGUUUUUCUGAUGAAUCCUUUCAAGAAGAGACCCCGAACAUGAACAUAAUAUCAGAUGAUUCUAUUGGACAACCCACAACCCUGAAUAGUUCUCUAGAUGUUUAUCAAAGAGUUUCUAGUAUAUAUGAAGAAACAUCUGAAAGCUCUGAUAUUAGUUAUGGAGAACUUUUAGAUGGUGCUAUCAAUGAUCUCAGUAAAAUAUUCCAACGUACAGCUCAAUAA